AUGGGUGUCUGGCAUAUGGCCAAGGUCGCCGUCAACGUGGCCAAGUUCGCCGCCACAACCGCCCUCGACCAUAUCGAGGGCAAAGAAGCUCCGCCGAAGUACAAGCUUCAUCCCGACAGUGCCUACCUAGGCAACAAAUACUAUUCGACAGACACUCACCUAGCGCCUCAGACCACCAGCUCACGUGCAGCUGCCUAUUCCCGUAGACCCGCUGCCCCGGUCGCCUUGCCCUCGCUUGGAACCAGUCCUUCAGAUUCGGACAAGAAGCAGACUCCGUCCACUAACUUCAUGAAACCACACGUUCACAUCGGGCGAACCCCCGUUCACACACCAUCACUGAAGCUGCUCAAGGAGAAGUACACUGUGCUGCGGCAUAGUGACCUGAUCGACGACGAUAUUAUCGACGAGACCGUUGGAAGGGAUCGCGACUUGUACUGGGUUAUCAAGGGUGCCGUCGUGUUGAUGGUCAAGGAGCGCUCGGAAGCGGCAUCUACGCCUCCUAAAGCACGCAAGCAAAGCUCGAAGGAAGCAGUGUAUGGAGCGUCUAUACCACCCCACAAGACUUACAAGAGCUCGAAGGAAGCGACUAAAGAGGCAAUGAAGGCGGAAGACGGUGGUACGACGUCCAGCAACCCUCUUAACAGUCCCAGUGUCGAAGACUUCUUCGCAGGCAUCUUCGAUAUCGAUCAGUGCGACCGCAUUGACGGACUCCCUCCUAACCCCUUGGCCAAAACUCCUCAUGACAGCCAAACGGCACCUUGUACCGCUGCCGAUAAACAGGCCGCCCUCCAUCCACUGGAUCACAUCCCCCGGAACGAGCUAGUGAUCAUCUUCAGACACGACACCAAGGAGCUAUUCGUUCGCAAACCUGACGGCAAGCUGUAUCCGGUCAUUUGGGGGGUUCGCGCGAUUCGUUCACACCUGCGAGGGGGUGAUGACGCCUCGCCUGUGGUAGGCGAUGUGAAGUUCACGAAUGUUGAAGGGGAAAUGGACGUGGAUGACGAGGGGUUCGUGGAUGUAGAGUAUGUGUGA